AUGACACGGGCUACUCCUGAUAUCGUCCUUUUGGCUGCGCAUUCUAUAACGCUGGGUGGUGUUUCAUCCUGCUUUUCUAGCGACCUGGUUUCUGGAGUCGAAAUGGUGGGCACCGAAGCGGGUGUUCUUUGUUUUCUUCACGAUAUCCUCGAUGCUCUUGGAACCUGUCCAAGCCGCUCGGUUAUUGCUGCUCAACUCUGGAGCUAA